CAAUUUGGGUUUUUUUUCUCGUGUAAUUGCUCUGUUUUCGAGCUAUAUAAGUCCGUUUCAAAAAUAUAAAGUGUGUAAGAAUGACAAAAAAAGCAAAAUGUUCCAAAUCGUCAUCGCAUUGAUUAUACAAAUUCCGUUAGCUUUGCACGCGCAAACAUUCCAACACAUUGAUUUGAAUAAUAUCUCUAAUCCUUAUGAGAUCGACUAUGCUACCAGCUUAGUAAAUUUCAAAGGACCAUUUAAUACGAAGAUCGUGAACGGAAUUUUAGCGCCCAAAUACCAAUUUCCUUAUCAAGCUGCAAUCUAUAUAGAGAGUUAUAGAGGAGAUACUAUAUUUUGUGGAGGCUCUUUGAUAUCCAACGAUAUCGUAAUAACUGCAGCCCACUGCAUUUUCGCUCCGCCUAGAAGAAUUUUAGUUAUUUUGGGAAAUACCGACUUAUCUAAAUACAAUCCAACGGAGAUUAGAGUUGACGCUGAUAAGUUUCUAGUGCAUCAUGCAUUCAAUCCGAUUUCUUUGAAAAAUGAUAUUUGCCUUUUACAUCUACAGCAAUCAAUUAAUUUUAAUGAGGCCGUGUCUCCAAUAUCGCUUCCAAAUUACAAUGACGUUAGACGAAAUUUCCUCAACAACGUCGGAGUGGUUUCGGGAUUCGGAAAGACAACGGAAAAUGGAGACGUCGUGAAGAAUCUGAUGUACUUGAACGUUCGCAUUAUGGAUAAUCAAUUGUGCAAUGAAGCUUUUCACGAUAGAGAUGCAGGCCUUACGAAUAUUUGCUCGUCGGGUUUUGGUAGGCAUGGGGCUUGCCAAGGGGAUUCGGGAGGUCCUUUAGCUAUUGAUGACAAACUCAUUGGAAUAGUUUCAUUUGGAUCGAAGUUUUGUUCAAAUGGUUUGCCAACAGUCUACACCAGAGUUCCGAUGUUUUUGGAGUGGAUUUCGUGUAACAGUAAUAUAAGAAUUUGAAUUAUGAUUUGUUCUGUAUAUUAACAUUAAAAUGUCAUAGAUCAAGA